AUGGCACCCCCGCGUCAACGACCACCUCCCAGCUCCGGAGCAUUCGACGACUCGCGAUCCGAAUCCUCGAGUACAGCGCCGGGAAACCACACCAGAGGCAUCCCGGGACCGAAACCGAGAAAGACUGCUGCGACAGCAGCGUCAACGGCAGGUACACUUGCAAGUGCGAAAGAGCUCAAAGUUGCUGCUGCAACGGGGGCGGCGGCGGCGGCGGCGGCUGCAGCAGCUGCUACAGCAGGAGCUUUAUCGCAUCAGAAUGGGGUUGAGUAUGGGGAUGGAUUUGUGGGUGAUUUACCCGGUAUACCAUGGCAACAAAUGCCCCUCUCAAUCCUCCACGAUUACAGACACGCCUACAAACUUUCGACUCCAAGCGCGUACGCACAACCUAUAGCAAAACUAUACCUUUCCUCGGGAAUCGGUCUGCGCUCUCCGACGGCUAUCGCUGCACGGAAAGCUGCUACUUCUUCUUCUUCGUCGCUGUCGUCAUCGUCAUCAUCAUCAUCAUCAUCAUCAUCAACUUCAUCAGGUCUCACGCAUCGAUCUCGAAAUACGGCGUCAAGACCGACGACAGAUAGAAUCCUGCACAAAAUAACCAGUCAAGAUCGCGUUGGGAAAGAACAGCUCGCCCUCGCGGUACGAAAACAUUUUAAUGCCGCAGGACUCGUGGAGCAGGACGCUAUUGCGCGGUUUUUGUACAAGGUGCGAGAGGAGGGGAAGGGGAGGGAAUUCCGGUUGAGAUUUCAGCCUUGA